AUGAAGGCGACCACAUCCAUGAUGGUCUCGGCUCUUAGCCUUACCACUAUAGCGUCUGCUCGCACCAUCAACAGAAUCCGCUCUUCAACCCAUUCCCAGGAGAUUUCGUAUCCAGUCACAACCAAUCAGGCCUUCGAGCUGGAUGUCACGACCGACAAGCUCGGCCUCAGCGACUACUACUCGCGCGAAGAUGGCUUCAUCUUUGUCAACAUCGAUCCCACCAACAACAUCGCCUCAGCUGCCGUACGAAGUGUCAAGAACGACGUCACCUGCACGCUGAAAGAUGUCCGCGGCUACGUUAUCCGCUCAUUCGGCGGUGUCGGAGGCCAGCAAGAGUACGUCCGCCAGCCCUGGGAGGAAGACCACGCAGCUAUCCCAGUCAGCGACAUUAUUCCCCGACAGGUAGGGCGGCCGUUCGAGAUGGACCUGAUGUAUGCCACCGCAGGUGUACAGGAUUUCUAUAGCCGUGAGGAUGGCUUCAUCCGAGCGGAUGUGUUAGCCGGUGACAAGUUGACGGGUGCUGCUGUUCGAAGUAUCGAGGGUGACGUUGUUUGCACUAUCAAGGAUGCGGAGGGUUACCAAGUCAGGAAGUUUGGAGGCGAGCAUCCUCAGCAAAUCGAGCUGAGCGAGUAUGAGGGAUUGAAGGCGAAGACUGUUGGUUGCUACUUCCCUGGCCAGGAGCCCUCCAUCUGA